CAUUUCCGUAUAUUGUUCUUUCUCACUCACUCAGCAACUCACACGCUAAUCAAACCCCUUACUCGCUUUCUAUCUUUCUUUCUCCUCUUUUCUCUGAGAAAAGGAAAAAAGAGGAAUGGAGGAAGAAGACCAGCAGAAGAUCCUAGAUCUAGUCAAGGAGCUAGUCCAUCGCUUACUCUCCCAAAACCCCAGUUCUAAAGCCCCUAAUUCAAACCCUAACCACAACCCUAAUGCACCCGAUUUCCAAAAUGCUCUUCGCUACGCUAUCCGUAUUCUCUCUAGCAGAUUAACUCCCUCGAUUGCGCCUGAUGCAGCUGCUAUCGCUGAGUCUAUAAAGCGCCGCCUUGCCACUCAGGGUAAGUCCUCGCAGGCUCUUACUUUCGCCGAUCUUUUUAACAAAUUCGCAUUAAAAACUGGGCCUGGUAGCAUUAAUAACAAGUGGGCUGUCCUUUAUUUGCUCAAAAUCAUAUCUGAGGAUAGGAAAACUGCAAAUAAUGGACCCAAUUCGGUGGCUUUAUUGCCUAAUUUAGCUUUAAACGACCCUGAUUUGAAAAAUGACUCGCGGGUUCUUCAUAAUUUAACGAGAGGAGACAGGGGUUGGGAUAAUGGAGUUUUAUUGGUCGCGAAAGACCCAGAAAAUUUACGUGAGAUUGCUUUUAAGGAGUAUGUGAAUUUGGUUAGAGAGGAAAAUGAGGUUUCUGAGGAGGUUUUGGUAAGAGAUGUAUUAUAUGCUUGUCAAGGUAUUGAUGGGAAAUACGUAAAAUUUGAUGCAAAUGUUGAUGGGUAUGCCUUGUUGGACACCGUUAAGGUUCCUAGAGCUACUAGGCUUAUUGUCAGGAAGCUGUGUGAGUUGGGGUGGUUGUUCAGAAAGGUUAAAGGGUAUAUUUCAGAGAGCAUGGAUCGGUUUCCAGCUGAAGAUGUAGGAACUGUAGGGCAGGCAUUUUGUGCAGCAUUACAAGAUGAACUCUCAGAAUACUAUAAGUUGCUGGCUGUGCUCGAAGCACAGGCAAUGAAUCCUAUUCCAUUGGUUUCAGAGACAGCUAGUUCAGGGAAUUAUUUGUCAUUGAGGAGACUGUCGGUUUGGUUUGCAGAACCAAUGGUGAAAAUGAGGUUAAUGGCUGUUUUGGUUGAUAAGUGUAGAGUUUUGAGGGGUGGUGCAAUGGCUGGGGCUAUUCAUUUGCAUGCCCAGCACGGUGAUCCACUUGUUCAUGAGUUUAUGAGGAGUUUACUUCAGCGUGUGUGUUCUCCACUUUUCGAAAUGGUUAGGAGUUGGGUUUUGGAAGGGGAGUUGGAGGACAUUUUUGCUGAAUUCUUUGUUGUGGGUCAGCCUGUGAAAGCCGAGUCACUUUGGAGGGAAGGUUACCGGCUCCAUGCUGGGAUGCUUCCCUCAUUUAUUUCACAAUCUCUUGCUCAGCGCAUCUUGAGGACUGGGAAAUCAAUAAAUUUCCUUCGUGUUUGUUGUGAUGAUCGUGGCUGGGCUGAUACUGCAACAGAGGCUGCUACUGCUGCUGGGACCACAACUAGAAGAGGAAGUCUUGGAUAUGGUGAAACUGAUGCACUUGAAACUCUGGUUGUUGAAGCAGCAAAGAGAAUAGAUAAGCAUCUAUUGGAUGUUAUGUACACGAGGUUUAAGUUCAAAGAGCAUUGCCUUGCAAUCAAACAGUAUUUACUACUAGGCCAAGGUGAUUUUGUUCAGUAUCUAAUGGAUAUUGUUGGGCCAGAGCUUUCUGAGCCUGCUAAUACCAUUAGCUCAUUCAAGCUAGCAGGAUUACUGGAAAGUGCAAUUCGAUCAUCUAAUGCUCAGUAUGAUGACUGUGAUAUUUUAGAUAGAUUGAGGGUUAAGAUGAUGCCACAUGGCACUGGAGAUAGGGGCUGGGAUGUAUUUUCAUUGGAAUAUGAUGCUAGAGUUCCACUAGAUACAGUGUUCACAGAGUCUGUAAUGGGAAGGUAUUUAAGAAUUUUUAAUUUUCUGUGGAAAUUGAGACGAGUAGAGCAUGUGCUUAUUGGUGCUUGGAAGAUGAUGAAACCAAAUUGUAUUACAUCUCGUUCUUUCACUAAGCUGCAGGGUGCAGUUAAGUUGCAGUUACUUUCAACAUUGAGGCGGUGUCAAGUUCUUUGGAAUGAGAUGAAUCAUUUUGUUACCAACCUGCAAUAUUAUAUCAUGUUUGAAGUCUUGGAGGUAUCAUGGUCUAACUUUUCAAAUGAGAUGGAAGUAGCAAAAGAUCUUGAUGAUCUACUUGCAGCCCAUGAGCAGUAUCUCCAUUCGAUUGUGGAGAAAUCUCUUCUUGGUGAACGUUCUCAGCCCCUUUACAAGUCUCUCUUUGUCUUGUUUGACCUCAUAUUACGUUUCAGAAGUCAUGCAGAUCGGUUGUAUGAAGGCAUUCAUGAAUUGCAAGCAAGAACCAUGGCAUCCUCCUUACCUUCUCAAGACAAGAACAAAUCAAGAAGGCAGACCUCAGAUAAAUCCUCAGAACCUGGAUCAUGGAUUAGCGAUGGCAGGAAGGCCUUAACACAACGUGCUGGGGAAUUCCUUCGAAAUAUGGGGCAGGAACUGGAUGCCAUAGCAAAGGAAUAUACAACAUUGCUAGAAGGAUUCUUAUCUCAAUUGCCUGUGCAGCAACAUGUUGAUUUGAAAUUUCUCCUGUUCCGGCUUGACUUCACCAAAUUUUAUAGUCAAGUUAAUCCUAUUAAAUAGAAGUUAGUAAAGCUGUUAAUACGACUGGGUUCAAACUAAAUUUGCAAUUCAAGGCGUGAAAAAACUGCUUCAGUUUGACUAAUUGCUCAUCGCCAUGCAAGAAAAAUUUGCAGUUCAUUGCUGACAUCUGGACACCUGUUUGUAUUUCACUGCUUGAUUUUAGAUGGUUUGUACUCCUUUCUGAUGGCUUGCAUGAAAGUUUGCAAUCACGUUGACGGUAUUUUUGCAUCACUAAAUGAGGGUGUUAAAAGCAUUGUAGACGGUUUGAAUAUUAUAGCCCAAUUCCUUACUGGCAGUUUUCUUCCAGUUGUUGCAUGCUUUUCAUAACUUUGCUUGUAUAUUUGUAUCAUAUUUCUGUAAUGGCUAAGGUAUUCUAAUGAUUUUGCUUUUGCA